AUGCAUGCUCUUUCGGUAUUCAUUCUGCUGUUGAUCAGCACUGCAGAGGUCCGGACCUCGCCCCUCGGAUGGCAUGAGCAUGGGCAUGGCCACGGCCACCGGUACGGACCCCAUCAUAGCCAGCGAGUUGACAAAGAUGCGAAUUACUUCGGUUUCAAUGAGACUCAUCUCCCUGCCGGUUGUCAUCAAGUCUGCGGUCGGCCAAUUGAGUGCGAGUUGGACGAUGGUACGUGGUUGACGUUCUCGGCACCUCAGCCAAUGCAUUUUCCCUCUGCGUCGGCAUCUGCUACGAUCUCUGGUUCGCUCCCUCCAACCUCGGCGGUGCCGACGCAGUGGACGUCCGGCGAGCUCGAAGGUUCCAGCACGCCUGGGAUGGUGGUCUCGACAACACCAGAGCCUGCAUCAUCGCCUGCCCCUACGUCCGAAGCCCAGGAUACGUGGGCCCCGCCCCAGUCGACAACCCAAGGGCCCAAUUCUGCAUAUGUGUCUUCAUCCACGUCCAGUGCGGGCCUGCCAAUAUCUGACACACCAACCUCGGAAGUCUCGCCCAUAGAUGGACAGACCACAUCGACUGUGGGUGAGAGUCCAGACACUGAAGUUUCUGCCACUUGGCCUUCAACCGCGACCGGGCCACCAACAUCUGCCUCCUCCCAGACCACGGCUUCAACUGGGUCAGUGGCCGCAUCGUCUCUGUCGCAGGCAUCAACAUCCGUGAGCUCUAGCACCGUAUCCACCGGCCAAUUACCAUCCCCGUCUCAAUUCAAAGCAGACAAAGGUACUAGAUGGAAUCUUCAAUAUAUUGGGAAUCUCUCGUUCGCGAACCCACUUGGCGAACUCGGUGUACGGGGCGACAACUGUCGUACUGCGAAAAUUGGAGAUAAAGUGAUCUGGAACUGCGGCGACAUGAUGUGUGGUGAUGAUGUUCUGACGUGUGGGUUUACUAUGGCGCCGGGCUAUUAUGGCACGGACAGUAUGAUGCAUGUCGAUACCGCAGGCAAGAAAAGCCUUCAAGACUUUAUCAAACCUUGGGCGGGAGAUCCACAGCCACCGGAACAGUACAUCUGGGGCGAGUACUCUUCCAAUAUCGCCCCGAUCAACUCGACUCACGGUGUGGUUUAUACACGAGAGUAUUGGCGAAAUGGUCCCGGUGGCGAUAAGGACGUUGGCAAUGCUGUUUCGUCCGUCACUCUCGGCGAGGACAGACCUAUUGCGACCAGGGUAGGUCCGUUGCUGACAGGCACUGAAGCAGCGUACCUGGGCAUGCUGGCCAUCAUGCGGGACGGAGACUACAUCUACCACUACUCCGGUGGAGGGCCCUCGAAUAUCAGGAUUAGUCGAGUCCCUGCCAGUGACGACGUGUUUGACAUCACCAAGUACGAAUCCCUCAAGGCCGACACGGAGAAUACAUGGAUUCCAGGAGUUCCCAUGUUGGGCAGCAUGGAGACCGGUGCUACGACCAGCAAUCCGGGUGGUAAGUUUGCCUGUGGCGGGGCCUGGGGAUCGGUUGUCUACAAUAACUACUUGGCCAAAUACAUCAUGCUGUGCGGCGAGUACAUGGUGUCCACCAAUAUGCAUCUGGCCGACACGCCAUGGGGUCCUUGGGGUCCCGCCUACACGAUCGCGAGUGGUGGCAACCUCACCGGCAGCUAUGGCACCAUGAUGCAUCCCGAGUACUCGCCCUUGGCAGACGGAGGCGACCGUUCGUGGUAUUUCUCCAUCGGACCUAAUGACAAGUUCUACAUGUACCGCGUUGAUUUCGACUACUGA